GGGUGACACCCAUAUAUCAUUCUGGCCCGAACCUGAUUGCUUGAGCCGACAUAUCCCACACCCGCCCUUUCCCCGUUUCAAUUCAUACCGUACCCGUCCCAUUAGGGUGAGACCGGAAUCACGGACCCAACCCUCCGACAGGCGGCAUCUCUCUCUAGUAUUCCGCCCGUUCUAGUCUUUUGUUGUGGCUGUACCAAAACGUAUAAGAAGCACUGAAAACGCUCUGCAACUGAGAGUGUUUGCUGCAGGCUGAAGUUGUUUGCAUUCGUUGUGAACUCUUGGAGGCCAAGUAUCUGAACAAAGUUGGCUGUAUCUGCUGCUUUAGGAUGCUUCUGUGACAGAAGAAAGUUUAUCAAUCAAGUUUGUUAGUAGUAAAGCAUGAAGCGCAAACGUGGGAAUAAGAAAGGCAAACCAAAAAGGCCCACUGUGGUGGCUGCGAAUGAGGCAAUUUUAAAUGUUGUCAGUAUAAACACAGAUGAUAAUUCUGGUUUGGAUGGUUUUGAAAAUGAUGAAUGUGACUCUAGAAUAGAGGUUGAUAAACCAACUACAGUAGGAACUAAUAAGCCAGAAAAACUUGCAAGUAUUAAUUCUGAUGGACAAAUUGAUAAGACAGCUGGAAAGUUGGUUUAUGGGCGUGUUAAAGUGAAAAUUAAGACUUCAAAAGCAUUGGACUCUCAGCUUACUUCUUCAGAUGCACCUACACAAAGUGAUACUGAUAAAAGCAGUCAGCAAGUGGGUUUAGAAAAGCCUGGUGUAAUUAGUGAGAAAAUGGAAGACAGUGCCAACUCAUUGUCUGAAAUAAAUACAACUGUUUCAGGGAAUCCUUCUAAGAAAGCCGGGAGCAUAAAGAUUAAGUCGUCAAGAGGUUUUGGUUCUUCAAGCAAAAGUCUAAGUAGUGAUGCUGCACUGGUGCAAGGUGAGAGGACACAGCGAAAGGAACCUGAGUUACUUCGUCAGGAUCCUCAGCACAAGAAGCAAGAAUUAAGUGCUUCCCUGUCGGUUAUCAAGAAGGUUAUGAAAAUGGAUGCAGCUGAGCCUUUUAAUGUACCCGUAAAUCCUAUUGCACUUGGAAUACCUGACUAUUUUGAUGUCAUUGAUACACCAAUGGAUUUUGGCACAAUAUGCAGCAAUCUUGAAAAUGGUGUUAAAUACAUGAAUUCAGAGGAUGUGUAUAGGGAUGUGCAAUAUAUCUGGGAGAACUGUUACAAGUAUAACAAUAAAGGUGAUUAUAUUAUGGAUCUCAUGAAAAGGGUGAAGAAGAACUUCAUGAAGUAUUGGACAGCAGCUGGGUUGUACAAUGAACAACCACAUGGUGUUAUUGGUGUUGAAACCAUUCAAGCAAGAGACAUUGCAGCUUCCAGUCAUGUGAAGAUGCAGGUGAAUAGUGGUUACUUAAAACAGAAGACACGGAAGCGCCAUGGAGUUAAACGACACAAGGAUGACUGCCUAUGUGCUAUAUGUGUAAUGAUGCGCCGCAGGCAAGAGCGCGAAGAGAGUACUCAAACUGUUGAAGAUCAAAUUGGUGCCAGUAAUAGUCAUCUAGCUCAAGAGGAAACUUCACCUGUGGAAAGUCCUUACGAUGAGGACAUUUCAUCAAAUAUGGACAAUUCACUAGGCCCGGAUGCAGAUGCUGACUCGGAAGGAAAAGGCGAGGAGGUGAAGAUGGAAACCACUGAGCAGCUCUAUAGCCCUUUACAGGACAAGCAGGAGAUUGAGAUGGAGAUCCAAACAAAAGGAGAGGGUGAAAUAUCUGAGCAUUCACAACUUGGUGAUAGAUCUGGAGAGGAGCAUGAUAGACAGUAUCAGACACAAACGCCUGAAUCAGGUGGAUAUAUCCAGACUAGCAAUCAGAAAGAAGAAAUAUUAUUGCAGCAUGACGAGAAAACUGUAGCAAUUGAGCCACAGAAGGAAAAGAAGUUAUCAGAGAAGAGUCAAAAAGCAAAAUUGUACGAAAACUUCCGCUGUUUGGAAAAUCCUAUGCUUCUGAAGGUGUGUGGAACCCUCUUUCCUGACGAUCGUAAAUCUGUCUGGACUGGACAUCAUUCAUUGGCUCGAAAUUCUGGUCCUGAUUCUGGUAGUCGAAUUCAUGCAGCUGUCACAGCUUUAAUGAAGUAGGUGUUAAUAUUAUGACCAUUCUUGGCAGCGUUUGUUGAGUGGAUCCUAGAUAGAUCAUAUAUAACUACAUUCAGCGGUGGAUAAAAUCUGGGAAGAACUUGAUAGUAUGAUUUUGGAUGUGUGCUAUAGGAGAUUGAUGCAAAUUACAAUCCUGUGAACUGUAUGAUUCUAAUUUAAACUUGAUUUAUACUCUUUUCUCGGGUGAUUCCUGUUGAGGGUUUGAAUGGAAUGUUGUAAUUUACAUGUUUCAUUAAAGAAAAAUGCUUGAAUAUGAUUCAUAGAAGAUCUUUACUAA